UUGAGAUGAAUGCUAAGGUGUUGCUGGUGCUGGGCGUGGUGGGCUGUGCUGUUGCAGACAGACGACCGACGUAUUCUUACAAUGAACCCGACUCGUUCGAAUACUCAGCCGAAUCAAGCGAAGCCAAGUAUGACUUCAGAUGGGCCGUGAAGGACGACUACUCCGGCAACGACUUCGGCCACCAGGAGUCCCGCGACGGCGACCAUACACAGGGGUCGUACUACGUGCAGCUCCCCGACGGCCGUCUGCAGAAGGUGACGUACUACGUGGACGGCGACUCGGGCUACGUGGCCGAUGUCAGCUACGAGGGUGAGGCUCGCUAUGACUCAGCUGAGUCUCGAGAGUACGGGCGGCCAGUGUACUCUCCGCCAAGACCCGUGUACUCCCAGCCAAGACGUGUGUACUCUUCUCCCGAGUCUGAGGAAUCCUUGGAGAUUCCUGUGUACAUUUCACCCAGACCUAUUUACGGGCCUCCAAGACCAACUUACGGCUGAAGGCGUCGGUCGUUCCCUUUGGUCAGUGUUGUUAUAAGACGUAGGUUCUGAGAAUGGUGGUUUUGCGUUAUUAAGGCGAUUUCUAUGAUCACACAGUAGAUGUAUAUGUAGACUUCAUAUGGGUUAUGAUUACAUACCACACACAUGUACAUAAUGAAACAAUGUAAUAAAGUAAGCUGUCA